AUGUCGGUGCUGGAGGACGAGCCAGAGCCUGUCCGCAAGCACAAGAAGAAGAGCGACGGCGAGUUGUUCGUCGUUGCGUGUGGUGUGCGUAAGGUCUGGUCGAAGGAGCUCAAGGGCCUCGACAAGCCGUCGGAGCAGAUCCGUCAUCUCCGCAAGAUGCUCAUGGACCUGGGCAUGAAAGGCCGGAUGAGUCUGGAGCAGGCGAAGGCCAUCCGACAGAAGAGGGAAUUCCAGCAAGAGCUUAAGGAUGUGAAGGCAGACGAGGAAGAUGAUGACAACCUAUGGUCAGAUGUGGACGUGAAGCGUCAGCCUCGGCUGGCCAUAACGCAAAGUAUCAAUGCAUUCCUCGGCGACGUGGAAGAAGGCGACUAG